AUGAAAAAGUUGCUCUCGCUUUCUUUUGCCUCUUCCGCCAUCAAAUCAUCCUCUUCGCUUCAUCACUCGGCUCUUCCUUCUGUGGUAGCCAUUUCGGUAGUACAACAACAUGCUCUCCAACAAGAACAAUUCCUUCUCAAUAAUGAGUACAUAAACAACACACAAAAGAGGUUCGGCUCAAAACAUCUCUACAUUAGAGGUAAACUUCACUAUCAAAAGAAGCUUCAACAAGAGAAGAAGGUAGCCAAACUUUCUGAAAAGGCUCAAGCAGCCUAUCGUUCCACUGUUGAACGUAGUCAAAAUUUUGCCUGGGAGCCAUCAACUCCAACCGAAGAAUUGUACCAGAAGAAUAUCCUUGAAUUGAAGAAUACCAGAAAGAGACCUUCUGCCCAACAAUUCCUCGAUAUGCUUUCUACAGUACAAAGUGCUUCUGAUUUCAAUUAUACAAUGCGUUAUUGGAGAACAUUAUGUUUGAGAAGGAUAAAGUUUACUCCAAAAAGCACCCAUGCCAUUCUUGAAGCAAUGGAAAAGUAUGACGAAAACCAUCCACAAACAUCCAUCGAACUAAUUAAGAACUCUAGCCCAACUAAACUUGGCCAACCUCUCGCUAAGGAAACACUGCGUGAUUUUAUUUCAAAGCUGGUAAAUGAUCAUAACGAUGUUGAGAAUGCUCUCAUGUUGUUUAAUGAAUUCAAACGUGGUCAUUUAAAAUUGACAGCUCUCACUGAGGAUUUCGAGUUCAUCUUUGAGCUCAUCAAGGAUAAAGAAGUUUCAAAAGAGAAAAUUAUUGAAUUGUUCGAUAAGCAACCAAUAGGAGCAGGAAUUUCGUGCUCACCUUCUGUAUUGACAACUGUUUACGAAGCUUUCAACGAAGUUGGAGAAGGCUUGGAUGUUGCAAUUAAGAAACGAGUUCUCAGAUACUUGCGAGAUCAAUCUCUCGGAAAAGAUGACAAUAUUUAUGAAGACACCAAACAAAAGCUUUCAGAACUUGUUGCAGCCAACACCUCCACCACUACUGAGGAGGCAAAAGAAGAGUAA